AUGGCGGAGCGAUUUUCGGUGACUGAAUCCAUCACGAAAAACAAGGAGAAAAACUUUCGUGGCACAGUGGUGUUAGGUCAGCAUUACAGCUCAGUAUCCCUAGCCAAUGAAAUGCUGCCAGUUGGGUGUUUUCGGUGCGGUAACCGCACCGAAACAGAGAAACCGCUGACCGGGCCGACUACCUGCGGUUUAGCCAAAAUCUAA